UUUAUUAAUGCGAUUGCUCUCAAUGAUAGUAUGCUGUGGAGAACUCAAAACAAAUUUUAUCGUUUAAUUUAUUGACGCUUAUCGUUGCAAUUUUUGUUACUUAAGUCUCUCUCGUUAAUUUUUUAUUAGUAACACUACAAAAUAACGUUUAUUUAAAGGCUAGAUUUAUUUUUUCUUUAACUGUGCGUUAAUAUGGAGUGGUGUUUCAAUGACGCUGAGCGACCGUUAAAUAAAAUUAUUUAGUAGAUACAAACUGAAAUUGUUGUUGAUUUCAAAUUCAAAUGAACCACUUACUAAAUUUAACAUCAACAAUUUGAGAACUAGGGUGAUAUGGCUCAAGAUGUUUCUGAAAGUAAAGAUUAUGCAUCUUCAACAUUGGGCCAAAACCGAGACUCGAGAACGGGUAGUGGUCCCAGAUCGCUUUUUGUACGAAGAUCGGAAAAUGGAUUUGGUUUCACGCUGCGGCAUUUUAUCGUUUACCCGCCCGAGUCAUACCUGGUGUUGGCCGGAGACGAACGUUUGGGUUUGCGGCGAGGCGCUUGCGUCCGUCCCGAUGAGCCGAUGGACACAAUCUUCGUGAAACACAUACGAGAAAACGGUCCAGCUUGCGUUGCGGGUCUCAACACCGGCGAUCGUAUAAUCAGCGUUAACGGCGAAACUGUAGCUGGCAAACCUUACGCUCAUGUCGUGCAACUUAUCCAACAGACGCCAUGUUAUCUCCACUUGUUGGUGGUACCCAUGGAAAACGACAUCCUACAGUUGUACUUCAGUGAGACUGCCCACAAUCCGGAGACAAAUCAAAGGCCCGGUCGCCUGAAAACGGCUAUGACAUCGGGCAGUGAGUUACGUUUCCACCGUGGUCGUGACUCCAGUCCUAUUUACCAGAACGCCUGGGACCGAAGCGCGUCAAAGUCUUCGGCGGCCGCCCGGUUUGUUUCGCCCCAUCGAACGCCAAGUACCCGCAGAUCGUCCGCCGCCGAAUCCAGUGGCAGUUACCGUAACAAGGCCGCUCUGCUUAAUCCCAAAGGCCGGCACAGCAUGGACGUUGGCGUGGCGUGUCGCGAUGCGCUGCUCACGGCCGAGAGCCACCACCCGUAUGUAGGGCACGGAAGUUCCACGUCUGCGGUCACCGCGCCCGAUGAUUCCGUCCUCAUAUCCAGGUUGAAGAAGAGCCUCGAGCAAAAAGAAGAGUUCCUCAGACGGCCUGUCGUCCAAACACACCAGGCCAAAGAGUUCUAUUCGAGGCCUCAGAAGCUUGCGGCGCCUCAAUGGCCGCCAAACAGUCUGCAGCAAUCUCCCCCGCAGUCGGUACCAGCCGGCACUGGUCCUGUUCCAGAGAAGACGGCCGUCGCGACGACGUCGCCGUCUCCCGUCACGGCCACCGCAUCCAAACCCAAGGGCAAGCAGUUUGUAAAUAUCCUAGGCAAAAUUAGCGAGGAUGCAAAGAAGCCCACUGCCGGUAGUGUACCAGUAGAGGCGGCUGCGGAUCAUCUGAAACAGACCAAUUCGCAAGUGGUGUCCAUGAGGGCCAAACAAUUCGAAAGCGGAAAGAUCGAUGACAAAACGGACUUUUAUCGCAGCGAAUUGGCCAGACUGUCGUCUAAACAUAAUGUUCCUAAUGUCGCCGUGAGAAAAAUGGAGUACGAACAGAAACUAAGCUCGGACAAGAAGCAACAACAUGACAGUAAAGAAGAUGUGCUCAGCAGUUGCAGUUCGGACAAGUCUUGUGCCGCCGACACUGAGAUCGUCCCUUACCAUUCCGGUAACCUAAUCGUACCGAUCGGUAGCACUAAGAUCCACUGUGAACCGCCAAAGGAAUCCGAGUCCAGUAAAGAAGAAUCGCUGGUUUCUAAGGACGAGUCGUACCGCUUCAAACCGGUGGUACGCCAAGAUUCGUACCUGGCGGCAUGUAAAAAACCCACUAUAAUAGAGCGACGCAGCCAGAGGCCAGUGUCGGAAAAUGGCGACAACUUGGAAAAGAAAAACCACCGACGUUUUGUGCGGCCAACGCGACUUGAGCUGCCCAAGGAUAGGCCGGUCAAUUUCGCCUUACAGUCCAGUGGCUCCAGUCAAGUGUCAAUUGAUUCUUUGAACGAUAACGUCGAACAGCCAAAUCCGUCCGAAACAGCCACUGCCGCCGUCACGUUAAGGACUAAUUUGAUUGGCAUAAACGAUGAAGAACGCACCACCCGGAGGAUAUCCUAUUUGAAAGCCACGGCAUGGGGCGAUCGAAUGAGCGUCGACGACUUGACUACCACCGAGUCUGAAUCCGAACCUUCUCCUAUCGUUGUCACUCAACAAAAAGUGCAAAAAAAAUGGCGCGCACCGUUAUUUCCGGGAGAGAUCCAAAGGUUGCGGCGACUUUUCGAAGAUGCGGCCUCAAGUUCUGAUCGUGGUAAACUCGCCGGUAAAAAGAGCUGUCCUGGCCUUCAAGAUCUAGGCAAUUGUAGUGUGGUCAAAGAAGGAUCGCUACUGUGCAAAAUCAUUCAGAUCGAUGGAAAGAAAGCUGGUGACAGGUCGUGGAAACCCGUGUGGGCCGUGGUGCGCGGUCAAACGUUGUGCUUGUACAAAGAUAAACAGAGGGAAUCGUUGCCAAACAUUUCCGCUAUUGAAACUCCUGCCGUACUAGACAAAACAGAAGAUGUGAACAUGUCUUGCGACCGGAUUAACCUAAUGACGACCACCACAGCGGUGGCUCAGGACUAUGUUAAACGUAAACAUGUUAUGCGGUUAAACUCAAAUACCACGGAUGUUGGUUACACUGAAAUAUUGUUACAAGCCGAUGACACUUCGUCCAUGGUACGGUGGCUAAAAGCUUUACAAGAACAAGCUUUGGAAGUACCAUCUGCCCCUUCUGCAGAAGAAUGUGCAAGUGUUUCUCCUGGUAACACAAAGGGAAUUCGUAAAUUAGCAACAUUUAGAAAUCGUUCACCCACUGGUGAUUCUCCAAUCACAAAAACCCGUAAACCAGAUAGGAGUCCAAGUCAAAUACAACCACAGUCUCCAAAGUCUACUAAUACAUGGAAGAAUCGUAUGGCUAAACAGUUGAAAAAAAUUCAACAAGGUUCAGGUUCUCCAGUAUCUCCAGUUAUGCCAUCACUGCCUCCACCACCUGGCACCUCAAUUGGUAUCCCCCUCGAACUUUGUCCUCCUUCUACUCAAUCUGAGUUCGUACCAUUAAUUGUUGAAGUAUGUACAUCAAUAGUUGAAGAUAAAGGAUUAGACAUUGUUGGUAUAUAUAGGGUUCCUGGCAAUACUGCAGCUAUUACUUCUCUUACUGAAGCUGUUAACAAUGGUGGGAUGGAAACUCCUGAUAUGGCUCUCAAACUUUUACAGCGUGAUCCUCGUUGGACAGAUGUAAAUGUCAUAUCUAGUUUGUUAAAAUCCUUUUUUAGAAGGCUCCCUGAAGCUCUUCUAACCACUGAAAUGUAUCCACAUUUCAUAGAAGCUGAUAAAAUUGAUGAUCCUGUUCAACGCAUGGUUAAAUUACGUGAACUUAUUCACAAAUUACCUGAGCAUCAUUUUGAAACACUUAAGUACUUGUUAAUGCAUCUAAAGAAAGUUGUUCAACAUAGUGGAGUAAAUAAAAUGGAAGCCAGAAAUUUAGCCAUAGUUUUUGGUCCUACACUUGUACAUUCUGCUGACAACAAUAUGGUAACUAUGGUCACUGAUAUGAGUCACCAAUGUCGUAUUGUGGAAUCACUUAUAUUACAGGCCGAUUGGUGUUAUGGUAAUGGUGAUGUGGCAGAUCUAAAAGCAUCUAUACCAGAAAAUUGUGGUCAAGUUCCAGAAAUUGAACAAUCUGCGCCUAAUCAAAACCUUCUAGAUAAUAUUAACAAAGUGUCUGGAAACCAAUAUAGUACACCAUUCUUAGCUAAAGAUUUAGUAUCCAAUAUUGUAGCUGCAGCUAAUCGUAAGAUGCAUCGUGCCACUAGUAAGAACUCUAAUUUAUCUCGAAAAUCUCGUUCCAAUACCAAUACUGUAGUUCCUCUAAAUAACACAUCAUCAACUACUGAUGUUAAACAAGAAUUAAGUGAUAAAGAGAAGCUAAAUAGUUCUAAAGCUAGUUCAGAAACUGUGUCAACUACCAGUCUCAAUGAAUCAGAAGAUAGCCUUGAUCGACUUCAAACUAGUUAUCAUUCUUCAAUUUCAUCUACUAAUGUAGUUGAUGGAGGUGCUCCUAUUAAAUCUUAUGUUAACCUGAAUGAAACUACCCAAGAAAGAAUUCGAAAGUUUGAACAAGAAACCAAAGCAAUGUUACAAAGGGAAAUUAGUAGAGGUCAAAGAAGAAGAGAGUAUUUUGGAGUUAACGAACCAGUUGGACAACCAAGUCAAGCUUUAUUGCUCGCCAAAGACUACCCACCAAUUAUGGUUAAAGUGUCUAAGGGAACAUUAAAUAAUGGAAUUUCAUUUGAUCAAACAAAGAAUGAAAUUGAUUCAAAGAGUAAUCAAAAAAGGUUAAAAACAAGUAAUAACACUGCAGAUGAUUGGUCAUCAGAUUCUGUUAAUGAUGUUUCUAGAGUGUCAAAAGAGCGUCCUUCUAGUCAUGCAUCAGAUGAAGGAGGGGAUUUAUUGGUGAGUCUGACUUCAGCCUUUGACAAAAAACUGAAGUCACUUUCAGUACCAAAUGACACUGUUAGUUCUGUAGCCACUCCAGAAUCUGUUGAUAACAACCAAACCCAACAUAUUUCUAGUAAGUCUGAUGAAGAAAAGACAAUAGAUGCUCAACCAUACAGAGAUCCUAGUUUGCAUAGAUCAUUAGAAAGACACAGCCAACACAUUACUGAAAAACAUGAAAUUGAAAACUUAAAAGACUCAACUAGUGAAACAGUCAAAGAUUCUUCUCCACAACAUGAAAUACCAAACCAUUUUGAGUGCUUGCAAGAUUUUAAUGCAAAUUCUAAUGUGCGACUUCGCCGUUCAGAAUCAUUGAAGCAAAAAGAAAACCGCCCUGAAUAUGGAAAUCAUGUAAAAUUACGUCGGUGUGAAUCAUUAAACAAACAUGAAAGGUAUACUCAGAAGUAUACUAAAUUUGAAGUUAUGAUGUUGACAAAAAACGGUGAUGCGUCUAAGCAUCGUCGGUCCGAUUUGCUUACUAAGACGGAAAAGACCGAAAGUAAUAUGAAUAAACGAAAACAGGGCUUAUCUAGAAGAUGUAGUUCAUUACGUGAUAAAGAAGCUCGUCAAAAACGAAAAAAUGGUGUAACUGCCGAUCGAAGUAUUAAAAGAAGACAUACUGUUGGUGGUACUAAGGAUUUUGAUAAAAUCACUUGGUUGGACAAUAAAGAAAAAGAAGAAUUGGAAAAUAGCUGCAAAGAGCGUAGGACCAGCUCACCAGAUUUGAGCUGGGCACGUGUAGUGGGUGGCCUCAAAGAAAUGGGAAUACGACCCAGAAGUAUGGCUGACCCAAACUAUUUAUCCAAACUUUUAAACGUUCCACUUGAGUCGCAUGUCUGACAAUGAAUGUAUUUAAAAAAAUUUUUGAUCUCAUUUGUACAAUCGCUUAAAAGAAGUGCUCACGUUUUCCCUAACAGCCCUUAAAAAAUUGUGCUCAUUCUCAAUUUCCUCAUUUCUAAGUUGUUUUCAAUUAUUUCUACCCUUUCAUAUUGCUAAUAAAAACUUAGAAUUUUUUUUAUAUUAUUUUAGUUUUUCGACAAUGUUUUGUAUUUGUGAUGCUGUAAAUUAUAAAUUUGUUUAAAAAUAUAUAUUAUAUAAUUUAUAUAAUGGACAAUAUUUUUGGAGAGAAAAAAAAGGUGCAAUAAAAGUUUCUGACUACAUUUAUGUAGCAAUAUUGUAAAUUUAUAGAGUAAAAUGAUUUACUAUUAUAAUAUUAAAUGUAUUGUAUUUUGUUUUAUCACAUUAUUUUGUCACGUUACCACUGGCAUGUAACUAUGUUCAUUAAAGUAUUUUUUAUUUAAUUUUACACAAAAUCUAUCACAUUAUUAUUUAUUAUUUUUAUUAUUACAUAAGUUCACCAAUAAUUAUCACUAAAAGCAUAUAACUUUAUGUAUGUUUUUAAUAAUGUUUUCUUAAAGCAAAUACCACCUUUAUUGCAUUUGUAUAUAUGUCAUUAUUAUUAUUAUUAUUUAAUGGUAUACUGGUUGCUGUUUUUAUUUUAAAGAAUGGUGCGUUUAUGUUUUGUAAUAGAUCAUAUUUGUGUUUUGUUUUAUUUAACUGACUUUUCAUAUCUGUAAAGUGUUUUUAUUUUGUAUACAUAGGAAAUUAAAACAAUAAAUGUUGCAUAAUUAUUUGUAUUAAU